AUGUCCGUCCCUAACAAGAUCGCUGAGUUCCCCGACGUCGAGGCCAAGCUCCAGAAACCCACGAAACAGUCCGCUUUCGAGCGCCAGAAGGCAGAAGCCGAGGCCAAGAGAUUGCGAGAAGCUGCCGAGACCGCCGCAGUCUACGAGGACUUUGUCAAGAGCUUCGACGCCGACGCCGACGAUGACGACCGCAACCAGAACGAUCGAGGCUCAGGCGGCCUUGGACGUCCGCCGCAGCCAAGGGGUGGCGGGUUUGGAGGAGCAGGAGGAGGACGAAGGCACUUUGGCGCGCCGGCUGGGUUUGGCGGGAUGAAAGCCAGCGGGCCAGGAUCCCUCGGCCCUGCACCACCGCCCAUCAGCUUUGGGAAGAAGAGGACCUACGACGGGUUUCAGACCAACAACGACAGGAGGAGGGACCACUCAGCGCCUGGCUCGGGACGAUUUGGUGCCGGAUUCGACGACAACGAGCCUGGCUCGAAACCCCUCGCCAAGGCUUUCGACGCGAGCGACGACGAGGAAGAGCACACGGGCCUGGGACGGUCCGAGGAGAAGGCCGUGGCACGCCCGACACUACGACUUGCGAAUCUGCCUCCUGCGACGUCUCCUGCCGCGAUCAGGGCCCUGAUCCCGACGAAUUUGGUGGUCGAGGCUGUCAAGAUACUCUCUCAUACAGCGCCGGGUGUUGCAGGCACGGAUCGCAAGUCGAUCGCCGCCAUUGUGACAUUGUCGCAAGAGACUGCGGCGUCUGAGAUCGAUGCUGCUGUCAGCGCCCUACAGAACCGCUACCUUGGCUUCGGCUACUACUUGUCCCUGCACCGCCAUUUAUCCUCAGCUGCUAUCGCGGCGGGGUCUUUGACAAACGUGACAGCCUCGACAACAACGACUCAUCCGUUCGGCGCAAAGCCAGUAGCUCAACCUGGACCCGCAAGUGGGCCAGACACGCGUGGGCGCUUUGCACCCCCAUCUUCAUAUACCCCGAUGGGAGCUGUCAACCGCAGCGUCUUGCUGCAUGUUCCUAUACAACCGCCAAGGGACAUUAAACAACUACGCAUGAUCCACAAGGUAGUGGAGUCGGUGCUCGAGCAUGGGCCGGAAUUCGAGGCACUACUCAUGUCCCGACCUGAUGUACAGAAAGAGGAGAAGUGGGCCUGGAUCUGGGACGCAAGGUCACAGGGCGGAAUAUGGUAUCGCUGGCGCUUGUGGGAGAUUCUCACGGGUGGUGGGCAAUCAAGAAGAGAAAGGGGCAAAUAUCUCCCGCUCUUUGACGGAGGUUCCGCAUGGAAAGUGCCUGACAAACAACUGGCAUACGAGUACACCACGCGUGUAGACGGAUUUGUAUCCGAGUCCGAAUACGAUUCGGAAUUUGACGACGAUGACGAUGACGAGCCGAAGAUCACUACCGAGGGAACCAAGGAGCCGGACGAAGUGUUCCUCAACCCGAUCGAAAAGGCUAAGCUCGUCCACCUGCUGUCACGGCUGCCGACGACACUGAGCAAGAUACGCAAAGGCGACAUAGCAAGGAUAACCGCGUUCGCGAUAAUGCAUGCGAACCGCGGUGCCGAUGAGAUAGUCGACCUGAUCGUUACGAACCUCGAAAGGCCUCUGUCAUUCAGUUCCGCUAAUCCAGACCACAACGACGCCGGCCUGGAUCAGCAAGGCGACUAUUCGAGAGACACGUCACCGACACCGAAGGAUUCCGACCCGGCAUCCUGUGACACGUCGGGCGCCAAGCUCGUGGCCCUCUACAUAAUCAGCGACAUCCUCUCGUCCUCGUCCACGAGCGGCGUCCGCCACGCCUGGCGGUACCGGCAGCUGCUGGAGGCGGCGCUCAAGGCGCGGCGGUCGUUCGAGGGGCUGGGCCAGCUGCCGGAACGGCUCAGCUGGGGCCGGCUGCGCGCCGAGAAGUGGCGGCGCAGCAUUGGGCUCGUCCUCAGCCUGUGGGACGGGUGGUGCGUGUUCCCCAACGACUCGCAGGAGCUGUUCGUGCGCAGUUUCGAGAACCCGCCCAGCCUGCGGAAGGAGGGCGACGACGCCGAGGAGCUCAAGGCCGAGGCAAAGAGGGCCGCCGGGGGGCGCUGGAAGACUGUGGACGCCACGGCUGCGGCGGCGGCGGAAGCAUCUGCGACCGAGGAUGGGCAGCCGCCGGAUGGGGCUGACUCGGACGGGAGCUACGACGAGUAUACGGACGACGAGGAGGCCGACAACGAGCUGCUUGUGCGCUACCACAUCGACGGGGAGCCGCUGCUUGACAUUGAUAUUGUCGGGCUGGCCCUGGACGGCGGGGAGGACGUGCAGAUGGGAGAAGACGGCGAUGGGGGGCCCGCACCCGAUGUCAAAAAGGCGCAGGAGCCUCCUGACGAGGCCGCCCGCGGCCCGCCCAAGGAGUCCGCUUCGUCAUCGUUGGGUCCUGGGGGUAAGCGCAAGCGGGUCACUGCUGCGGAUAUGUUUGCGGAUUCGGACUCGGACUGA